AAGAUCAGAUAUCACAAGCACAACAUCAAAGAUUAUUGGAAACACAUUUGUAGGAGCAAAUUCAAGUAGUAUAAUGCACUCAACAGUAACAAGUUAUGGAACACAGUCAACAGUUAUGAGUACUGUAAUGCCACCAAAUAGUGGAUCUAUGAAUUCAAGCUUAUUGUUUUCAAUUUUUGGUGCUGUUGGUGCUAUAGUAAUUACAUGUAUCAUAGCAGUGAUUGUAAUCCUGACCUGCAUUAUGUAUAGAAGGAAACAUAGAAGUGUAAAGAAAAAAGAAAGGGAUAUAAAUGAUAACACAGAAGUUGAGCUGAGGAGCACAAACAAUCCACAACCAACUGGAUUGGAGUUGUAUGCAAUAUCAACUGCUGGAGGACAUUCUAUAGAAAGUCAGUACAGUGUCAUUAGGAAAGGUGAUAUAAUGGAAUAUGAAGAAGUACCUCCACCAAUACCUCCUCAAUACAAUUACAAUGAAAUAAAUGAUGAACAGAAUGGACAGAGUCCCAUCUACUCUACAGUCAAUACAAAUCAAGUGAGUUUGCUGUUGUAUAUGAUGUAUUUGUCUAUAUAUGUUUCUGCUUAUAUAAGUAAGCCUAGAUCAAUGACUUUAAAUGUAAAUACAAUAAUAUACCGUAUAGCUAAAAAUUUUUGUGGCCCAAAAUUUCUGCUAAUUUUGCGGAUUUGGAAAAAAUUGCAAAAAAUUAGUCCUCAAAAUUUUGGUACACAAUUUAUUGGCCUGUUUAAAUUAAAAGGUAAGGUGAAUUUGCAAAAAUGAAAUCUGCAAAAGCCAUUUUGAUGGCAAUUUGCAAAAUAUUUGGGCCACAGAAAUUUCUAGCUAUAUGGCAUAUAUUAAUUACAGGUUAAUAAUGACAGAGAAGGUUCUGUUUAUUCCACAGUAAAUCAAGUACCAGUUGAAUCAGCUAAUAAGGUCCUGCUUUAUGCUGAUUUAAUGAUAGUCCCUAAGGACAGUAGGCCACAGUGUCCACCCACUAGUGUUCAACCAGUAACAUAUGCAGUAAUAUAACAUUGAAAUUCCUUGGUGGUUCCAGGUUACAAUAUUUGCUGUGACAUAAACUUCUUUAUAAUAAUGUGUUUUUAAUUAUUUUUAAACUCAUUGUGUAGUAUGUG